UUCAACAUGUUAUGGCCUAUUCCAUGAAGAAACAAGCCUCAAGCGAAACCCACAUACUGGGUAAUUCUGUACUCAGAUUUUCUACGUUGGGCGCCGGAAAUGAAGUCGGUCGAUCUUGCUUUGUUUUGGAAUAUAAAAACAAAAGGCUCAUGUUAGAUUGCGGUGCGCACCCUGCCUACGAAAAACACGACGCGAGACCCUAUUUUGAGCAUUUAGGUGAUAUGUCAAAAAUUGACACCGUCCUCAUAUCGCACUUCCACGUAGACCACGUUGGCUCGUUGCCCUACCUGAUGCAACAUACUGAUUUCAACGGCCGGGUUUUCAUGACACACCCCACCAAGGCUAUUAGCAAUAUGAUUUUGACGGAUUCUAUCAAGAUCACACAUGAUGGCGUGUGGAACGAGUCGGAUCUGCGCAGCACCAUGAAGAAAGUCGAAACAAUGCACUACCACCAGGAAAUUUCCCACAAAGGUAUGCGCUUUUGGUCGUACAACGCAGGCCACGUGCUCGGCGCAGCCAUGUUCAUGAUUGAAGUUGGAGGAAUAAAAAUCCUCUACACCGGUGAUUACUCGCGUCAAGAGGACAGGCACUUGAAAGAGGCCGAGCUUCCAGCGUUUUUUCCAGAUAUAUUGAUUGUCGAGUCUACCUACGGAAUUCAAGAUCAGGAGCCUCGUAAGGACCGUGAAUUUAGACUGAUGGAUAAGAUAGUCCGCACGAUCAAGGGAGGGGGUCGAGUUCUUCUGCCUAUAUUUGCUCUCGGGCGAGCUCAAGAACUCCUAUUAAUCAUCGAUGAAUUUUGGAAAGGGCAUCCAGACCUUCAGAAGGUCCCCGUUUAUUUUGCGACUUCUUUAGGUAAAAAGUGUAUGACAGUUUAUCAAACUUACGUGGAUAUGAUGGUGGAUUCUAUUCAGAAAAGAAUGGCGUCCGAAAACCCUUUUAAUUUCCAAUUCAUUCGCGAUCUUCGAAGCGUGGACGACCUAAAUGACCGCCACCCCUGCAUCGUUCUUUCUAGUCCGGGAAUGCUUCAGUCUGGCCUGUCUCGCGAUAUAUUCGACCGGUGGUGCACCGACGAACGCAACUCAGUGAUCAUGGCUGGUUAUACGGUAGAAAACACGCUGGCUCACGAGAUUCUGAAAGAGCCGCCGAACGUCAUACUAAAGAAUGGCAAAAUUGUACCGCUCAAAUUGGCUGUUCAUUCGGUAUCCUUUUCUGCUCACGUAGGCUAUUCCCAAAAUAUGGAAUUCAUCGGCGCUCUCAAUCCACCCCACAUCAUACUUGUUCACGGCGCUCGGGCCGAAAUGAAGAACUUGCGGCUUAAAAUCGAGGAAAAGUACAAAGGGCAAAAUGUCAAAGUCUGGAGUCCGGAAAACAACACCACGAUCGAGAUACCCUUCCAAAAGGACAUCAACUGUCGCGUGGUGGGCAGGAUCGUGGAACGGCACUGCGAUACCGACAGCGCAGAGUCGGAACAAAUGGACGUCGACCAAAAUAACGACAGUGCCGAACCGGACACUCAGUACAAUUCAGAUAAUAAUGAGAGAACAGAACCGUCAACAGCUAUGGACACAGACGUUCCCACAGAAGAUGCAGAAGGUCUGGACGUGGCAGAAAAGGAUUCUAACAUAGUAUCGAUCAACGGUGUCUUUAUUCUCCAGGACUUUGACCAAAUUUUGGUCGAUCUUCGAGACCUUCAUUACUUUUCGAACCUCACCACAACUGUCAUAUUGCAAACCAUGAAGCUAGAAUUGCAUUCAGUCAAAUUCAAAGAUAUCAAGCAGUACCUUUCGCAGAUGUUCGAUUUCGUCGAAGGACCCUUCAACUACGAAGACCAUCCCGCUCUGUCCUGCGGAUCCCUUUUAAUCAUUUCGACCGGGGACAACGAAGUAACCCUCAAGUGGAAUUCCACCCUCAACGACGACAUGAUCGCAGACUCUAUCAUCGGGCUUCUAGCCCACAUCCAAAUCAAUCCCAAUGCUUUUAUGGACCGCUCUGCCACCAACGAUUUAUCUGGCGCUCAACCUAGCCUCCCCCCCAACGAUAAACAAGACGACCUAUGUCGCAUCGCUUCUUUCCUAGAAAACCAUUUCUCGCACGUGGAGGUCGUUAAAGAAAACUUCGAAAUUGUUGUUCAAGUCGACGAAAAAAAAUCUGUUUUUAAUUUCAGCUCGAACGUUAUUUCCGGAAAGGAUGAGGCACUGAACUUGAGACUAAACAGACUGAUGACCAAUAUAUUUUCUGCACUGUUUCCAAGUUCUAGACAAGAGCCAAAAUUUACUGUAGUUACUGUUUUGUAGUUAAAGUGCGCUUCGUUCAAAAACAACAUAUUACACACGUCGAAGUAAACUAAUGUCGACUUUCAUCCCCGUCGUCAAACCGCCUAAACGCCACCCUCGCUGUUCCGCGUGAAAGCAGUAUGUCAAUACAUAAUUGUUUGCGACACGUCCCUGAUCUCUCUAAGCAGUUGCAAGUCGAACGGUACUUCAUCCCGAGCUUCGAGCGCGACCCGGCACCGCAACAUUGAAAAUACGACGGCCUUCCAUAAUCAACACUAGUCACACCCCUCAUGCCACAUAAGCCCACCUUUCUGAGCUCAAAAUCUGUAGAUAGACAAAGUGCUGUGGCGUUUUUUUUGACAGGAACAGCGCUUUUCUCCUAGCCUUUUUUUUUAGCUCGCAUUCUUCUUCGAGGCUCUGAACUAGGUUUCUAUCUAACGCACUUUUUCGAGGCACUCUUCUCGUCCAGAAGACCACUGGUCAGUGAGGUAUUUUAAUGAAAAAGCGACUGUAAAUAAAUCACUGUCAGAACUCCCACCACCCAUCAAACAACAACCCCCGAGUAAAGCGCAAGAUCGUGAUUUGGCUCGUAAUUGCUUGCUUACAAACAGCCCGCUAAACAAUCUUUUAAUUUUUAUUGUAUGACCUUGGUAUACAACUAUAAUAGCGAACACCACCACCUAAAGAACAACCACCACAUUGAUACGACCUGUUUCUUAUUCUAUUCCAUGUUUCAACCUUUUCUGUUCUGGGGAACGCUUGGCAACCUAUUCACCAACAAGAGCUUGAGCAUAGACACAAUAUUGUCGAAAUCCGAUUUUACUAUUGAAGACCUUCUAGAGAAUGAAGAAGUGUUUCAAGAUGUGCAAAAUGACAAUCAGUCUUUAAUCAAAGUACUCGUAAAACUUGAGAAUUUGCGUGCACUGGUUUACUACGUGGUAAAAGACUGCGGUGAGGAAGAGGACUCCGAUAGAGAGAAACAAUUGAGGUUGAAAAAGAUGGCAGCCGACCUGCUGUCAGCCGGAAACGCUAAUAUUACGACCAGCCUUUUCGAACAGCCUGAGUUGCUGAACGAGCUACUCAACAAAUUUUGUUCUUACAAUGAGCCUUCCUCGGAGUCUGGCACCAUGGAUAUUGUUUCCAAAGUUCUCGCUUCACUUUUGGAUGACUUAGGACUCAAGAUGGUCAGACUAAUUAUGAAAAUGCCAGAUUUUUUCAACGUUAUUUUGCUGCAUCUCGAAGAUGAGGGCAUUAUCGACCUUUUUUUGAAGGUUGUUUCCAAUAUCGACAGUGACCAAGAAGUGAUAGAAUGGGUGAAAAACUCUGGUAUUUUGUCAAAACUCUCGGAUUUGGUAGGAUCGGACUCAGACUGUAGCGUGAGUGCCAACGCUGCUCGAGUGCUGUUGGAAUUAACUGGGCUUCCAGAAUUGAAUUCUCUAUUGAACUUAGAAACCAUCUCGGCAUUUUUUUCGAGCAUUUUUACCUCUCUCAAGUGCUCGGCCUCAGAACGCAAAAAAUCGCACGAAAUAGCCUUCGUUAUCUUGAACAGCAUGCUUAAACGCGAAGCCGCCGAAAAGUUUACGCCAGCGGACGAUGUACCGAUUGAUGACCUGCCUCCUAUUUCCAGGUAUUUUUUGCAACAUUUGGGUCUAUUAGAAGACUUUUUGAAGACUAGAACCCCUGACGAGGUCAUAAACACAACUGUAGGGAAGAUCGAAACGUUUGGCAUUACUCGGCUUAAAGUCAUGGAAAUGAUCCACACGUUGGUAAGUUUGAACUACGAAAGUAUUCUCUUAGCCUUCAUGAACGCAGGCAUAUUUAAUUUAUGCAUGGAUUUGUUUUUGUAUUAUAAAUUCAAUAAUUUUCUUCAUUCGAUUGUCGUUUUGAUCUUUCAUGACGCAUUGGCGCUUGUCUCGUGUAAAGAUUUGCAUUUCCACAUUUUGAAGUCAGUCUGCAUCCCUCAGCAGAUUCUUCAAAUAAUCAACGAUAACGAGACUCGGCAAGAGAAUACAAAAGUGAUCAGACCAGGCUACUUAGGGCACCUGUUGCAGAUCGCCGAAGAUGUUCACGACAGACUUACGCAAAUGUCCGACAGCACUAUCGAGUCGCGUCUCCCGGACCAAGUACAGUACAUCCAGUCUAUGAAAGAACACAUAAAUGACUACCGGUCCAAAAAAAGCGUCUUACUGAAGACCCAGCAGCUGCUGAAACGAAAUUUCGAACUUCCUUUGAACGAGCACGAAAAUUAUAUAUUUACUUCAGACGAAGACUUGGUAUCAUUAAACGAGAGUCAAGAUCAGGAAGUAGCGGACUAUGGGACGUCGGAACACAGCCCGCCCACAGCCAGUUCGUCAGGCAUUGAGAGAGAGGGGAAAGAGGCGGCGCACUCAAGAGAAACAUCAGAGGAGCGAGAACCGCCGCAUUCCCUCAGCGAGGAGCAAGCCCAGGGAAUGACUGAUUCGCCUUCCAAGGCGACGAAGCUUGAAAAAGAGUUGAGCGAAGUUCAAAUCUCCUGUGAGCAGGAAGAACACACUCUGACUCAGUGAUGCAAUGCACAAAUUGUGUGACAAUAAAAACUUUGCAUUAGCGUGGCGCCUUGAA